GGCCCAUUCCUAUCUUACGCCGAUAAGUUUUACCAGUGCGAAAAAGCGGCGGGCGCAUGGUCAUGGAAUUUGAGAGUUACACACUACAAUCCACAGAAACCGAAACAAUUGCAACUCCUUAGUGGAAAUAUGUCUGGUUCAAUAUCAAUAGACGAUAGCGCCUGGGUGAGAGUAAACCUGGAUGUUCGGAAUAAUAACCAAUGGAAAGAAAAUGCGUUUAUUUUUGACUUCAAAGAUAAGGCAUGCUCAAUCAUUUCAUCACAUAUACCCGGAUUUUAUCACGUAGUGUUCGACAAGGAUGGCAAGGCGCCUAAAUCCCCGUGCAUUAUUCCUGCUGGUGUUUACGUAGUCAACCAAGAACCGAUCGAUUGGACGUUCCCAAAUUUCCCAGUCUUGCCGUACGGACAUUACCAAUUCAAAAUAAGAAUUGGUAAUGGCAAAGAUUUAUUUACAUGCUUCAUGGUAGAAUGUCAUGUUAUUCCGAAACCUUAGAACAUACGGACCUACACUGUGAAUUUUAAUACGACAAAUUUCAUUGGCUGAGCGAUUAGCGAAGCCCAUAACUCAACUGACCGGAAAAGUUUCAUUCUGUUUGUUUGUUUGUUUGUCUGUCUGUCUGUACGCACGAUAAUUCGAGAAAGAAUUGAUAGAGCGAUCUGGGAAUUUUAGGGUCGUUUUGUAUCAUUAAAAGACACAUCGAGUUCGAA